AUGUUCGCCAAAGCAUUGCUCGCAGGCGCCUUUGCCGCACUUGCAGCUGCGCAGUCGACUGUACUCACCUUUACAUACGUCCCAAAUCCUAUGACAGACGGCCAGCCGCAAGCCUUGACUUAUACGACCAACGAUUCGUUUACGCCUGUGACCAUCCUCCUUCGUCAGGGCUUGCCCAGAAACCUGGAGACAAUCAUGACUUUGACCACCACGGCCACUGGCGGGCAAUUUAUCUGGACUCCGCCGACUUCGCUGCCUGAUGGAAGCGAUUAUGCGCUUGAGAUCAUGCAAGUGAAUGAAGUGAAUUACUUCGGUCCGUUCGUCAUCCAGGGUGCCGAUCCGAACAUAACUGCGUAUGGGGCUGCCCCGGUGUCCGCCAGCACUUCCACCGCUAUGGCGAGCAGCACCCUUAUGUAUGGCGGCGACAACAGCACAACCUCGACGACGGUCCCGAACAAUUCAAGCACUUGGGGGUCGAUGAGUGGCACCAGCACCGUGCUACCUCGCAACACAACCAUGAGCAUGGCUACCUUGACUACUCCGAGCGCUUCGACUACUGCUUUCAUUCCCUCUACGGACACGGCCAGCUCGACGAUCGCGACCAGCACAGCCUCGAGCUCUACUUCUGCGCCUCCGUCAAUGACAACAACGAACAGCGCAUCCGGUCUGCAUUUGGUCGGUGUUGUUUCGCUUCUACUUGGUGUCGCUGGUGUGGCGUUUUGCCUGUAA